UUCUGCUCUUGUCAGCAGUGUAAUCCGGCCCCAGAGAGCGUCGAACCCUUGGCAGGAGAGUCGGAGAAGAGCAGAGCAGAGCUUGUCUCCAGAAAUCCCUGCUGAGGUCUGAGUCGCUAUGGGCCGCAAGGAGGACACCUUCGACUGGAAGAAGAGAACGGACAACAUCCGGGAGGUGUUUGACUUCAUCGAGGUGCUGGGAUCGGGGGCCUUCUCCGAGGUGUUCAUGGUGAAGGAGAGGAAGACGGGCAAACAUUUCGCCCUCAAGUGCGUCAAGAAGAAGCCAAAGAGGGACAGCAUCCUGGAGAAUGAGAUCGCUGUGCUGAGGAGGAUCAAGCACGAGAACGUUGUGGGACUGGAGGACUUUUACGAGAGUCGAACUCAUUACUACCUCGUCAUGCAGCUCGUCUCCGGCGGCGAGCUCUUCGACCGCAUUCUGGACCGCGGCGUGUACACAGAGAAGGAUGCAAGCCUUGUGAUACGGCAGGUUCUGCACGGCGUCAGCUACCUCCACAAAAACGGCAUUGUGCACCGUGACCUCAAGCCUGAGAACUUACUUUACUUCAGCCAAGAUGAGAACUCCAAAAUCAUGAUCAGCGACUUUGGUCUGUCCAAGAUGGAGGACAACGGCAUUAUGUCCACUGCCUGUGGCACUCCAGGAUACGUGGCUCCUGAGGUUCUGGCUCAGAAACCCUACAGCAAGGCGGUGGACUGCUGGUCCAUCGGAGUUAUCACCUACAUCCUGCUCUGUGGCUACCCGCCUUUCUACGAGGAGACGGAGACCCGCCUCUUCUCCAAGAUCAUGAAGGCCCAGUACGAGUUUGACUCGCCCUUCUGGGAUGACAUAUCAGACUCAGCAAAGGACUUCAUCCGAAACAUGAUGCAGAAGAACCCUAAAAUGCGCUACGCCCCCGAUCAGGCCCUCAGACACCCCUGGAUCAUUGGGGAGACGGCCCGGAACCAGGACAUCUACCGCUCGGUCAGCGCUCAGAUGCAGAAGAACUUUGCCAAGUCCAAGUGGAAGCAAGCCUUCAACGCAGCUGUGGCCAUCAACCACAUGAAGAAGCUGCACCUGGCACACUCGGAAUGCCCCGCUGACCACGGCCCCGGGUCCGUGCCCGACAUCCAGGUGGUGGACGUGUCGUCCCCAGAGGCCGUGCGCCGGGACCUCGAUCCGGAGCUUCCGGAGCCCCGUCGAGGGGCGCGGGACGGCCACAUGGCUCUGCCCGCAAACCACAACGAGCCCAAGAGCCACUACCACCCGCUGCGGAUCAGCCACAGCGAGCCCCCCCAUGCGCUCGCCGUUGGCGAGAAGGGCCGGCACGCCUACCACUCGGAACCCGCCAACCUCAACGGCGCAGCCAAGCAGUACGUAGACGGAGUCCGGGGUGCCCGGUGCUUCCCUGUCGUGCCGGACGGCUUGCGUAGACCGAGCAGCUCAACGGGUGACUUCCCCGCCUCCUUCCUUGCCCUGCAGGUACGGGACUGUCGGGAAGAGUCCCCACGGCCACGUGCAGACGCUGCAGACGGCGGUGUGCUCCAUCAUGUGAGACUACAAAGCGAAGCAUGACAGAGGUACAGCAGGUCCGGCUGCGCUUGUGGAACCCUCGACUUUUCGCCGGCUUCUUCUGGGCCGCGAGCCCUCGGUGUUUUGCUGCGAUACGGAGCCUUUUCCGCAGGACAUGACAUCCCGAAAUCCUCGCCGAUCUGUCGGAAUUUGCACGCAUGUGGGAGUGCCAGGAAAAAUGCGCACGCACGCACACACACACACACACACACACACACAAACACACACACACACGACGCAGGGAUGCAUAUGUACAAUAACUCAUUACAUGCACGUUUAGUGUUAAUUACUCUGGAAAAAUAGGAGGGGCCACAGACUCGCUAGGGGUGUGGCUUCUCCUCACUGUAUCGUUGUCGACGAAGAUGCUGUAACUAACGCUCUGUAUUAGAAACUGUGGAAGUGAUUACAGUAUAUGAUGGGAUAGGGUGAGCGAAGGAAGGUUUUUGGCCUGUAUUUUACCGCAAGAGGUCAGGGAUGCUUUCUGGCAAUGCCGUGCUGGUCAGCCGAUUUUAUCUGAACCAUGGUGCAUGCAGGCAGUCGCUAACAGAGUUUCCUUAUUGCUUCCUGGUGCUCGGUGCACUAUUAUGACGAACCGUGUACUGCGUACUGUACUUAAUACUGUAACUGAACAUCCCUGUAGACGAGGAAUGAGCGAGGCUCUCGCAGGAUGAACGUAAACCAUACAAGGAUUCAGGGUGUUUGUUCUCGGGAGGAUCCUGCCGCUCGAUAGCCGAGUAGGUGAGAUGUUUUCGGAGGCUCUCUGGGGAAAAGUUUAUUUUUUUACUGCAUAGCUUCUCACUAUUUUUUUCUUUUUGUAAAAUCGCAUAUCCCCGGAGUGUGUGAAGCAAUCGCGACGUCGACUCACCGACAGCCCACCAACACUUGUGAAUGUCUUUUAUUGCUAUAUGUACUUGAUUUUUGCCAACAUACCGAUGCUCAGCGUACUAGAGCGGUUUAUUAUUACGCAUAUUUGAAAAUCAUUGUACCUUAGUAUGUUUAAUAAGUGAUAUAUUUAACCAUAUACUGUAUGUUCUGCAGAUGUAAUCUGUCACUAAGUUCUGCCGCGACGGCAUUUCCGUCAGGUGUCCGUAUGCUUCUGUUGUCGAGAAAUGUAACGGUUUUCUUGGUAGGGUCCUGAAUAAAAUUUGGAGUAAACGCCACCGUGUGCGGGUGUUUCCUCCGGUGCGGCGAUCCGUACGGUCUCUGGGUCCGUACGAUCCAGGCUUUGCUGCCCUGGCCUGAAUCCUUAAUGUGAACUCCUUCCGAAGCUGGCGUCCCGGCCUCUAGCACAGCUCUGAUUGGUCCAGGAAACCUGAGGACAAAUUCUGCUGAUAUUGCUUAGUGCCCUUCGACACACUUCUGUCAAUAGCGAUCACCUUUGCGGGUGGCUUAAUGCCUUUCUUCUUGCUUCUAAAGAGGCACCGAACUUUUGGAUGCUCACCACCUACGAAGGUGUAGAA